AUGGAUGUGUUCAGCUUUGUGAAGAUGCCAAAGCUGUCAGGCCACAGGACCAAAUCCUCAGGCUGGCCCCCCCCUUCAGGGACCUGGAGUUCUUCGCAGGGACCCCCUAAUGGAUGGGACAUGGGCACUAUUAGAGAGGGGCGUGACUGCUACAUCAACCACAUCUCCCAGAGCAGCUCCCUGGAGGAGGUUCACCUGGCCGGAGACAAAUUUGUGCCACCAGCGCCCCGGAAGGUGGAGAUGAGACGAGACCCAGUCCUUGGCUUUGGCUUUGUGGCAGGCAGUGAGAAACCUGUGGUGGUCCGCUCAGUCACACCAGGAGGUCCAUCAGAAGGCAAGCUGAUCCCAGGGGACGAGAUCAUCAUGAUUAAUGAUGAGCCAGUCAGUUCAGCACCCAGGGAGAGGGUUAUUGACCUUGUCAGGAGCUGCAAGGAAUCCAUAUUGCUGACUGUUGUUCAGCCGUACCCAUCACCUAAAUCGGCAUUCAUCAGUGCAGCCAAAAAGGCGAAGUUAAAGACUAAUCCUGUUAAAGUCCGCUUCGCUGAAGAGGUCAUCAUUAAUGGCCAGGUCCCUGAAACUGUGAAGGACAACUCCCUUCUUUUUAUGCCAAAUGUUCUGAAGGUGUACCUGGAGAACGGGCAGACUAAAUCAUUUAGAUUUGACAGCAACACAUCCAUUAAGGAUGUCAUCUUGACCCUGCAAGAGAAGCUAUCCAUUAAGAGCAUUGAACACUUCUCUCUGAUGCUGGAGCAAAGAGCUGAAGGAUCUGCCAGUAAACUCAUGCUUCUGCAUGAGCAGGAGAUGCUAACUCAGGUGACACAGAGGCCAGGGUCAAACAAGAUGAAGUGCUUUUUUCGAAUCACUUUUGUCCCGAAGGAUCCCGUAGACCUGCUUAGGAGAGACGCAGUGGCGUUUGAGUACCUCUAUGUACAGAGCUGUAACGAUGUGGUAUUGGAGAGAUUUGGGUCAGAGCUGAAAUACGACACAGCCCUCCGUCUGGCUGCAUUGCAAAUGUAUAUUCUAACAAUCAAUACCAAGCAGUCUCAGAAAGUUUCCCUCAAGUAUAUUGAGAAGGAGUGGGGUCUGGCGUUGUUCCUGCCCCCUGCAGUGCUGUCAAGUAUGAAAGAGAAGAACAUCAAAAAAGCUCUCACUCACAUCCUCAAAACCAACCAGAACCUGGUCCCACCUGGUAAAAAGCUGACUGCCUUGCAGGCAAAGGUCCAUUAUCUAAAGUAUCUCAGUGACUUGAGGCUAUAUGGUGGACGGGUGUUUAAAUCCACACUAAUUCAAGGCGAGAAGCACACAGAAGUGACUUUGCUGGUGGGACCCAAAUAUGGUAUCAGCCACGUGAUUAACACCAAAACAAACCUGGUGGCACUUCUGGCUGAUUUCAGUCAUGUCAACCGCAUUGAGAUGUAUACAGAAGAUGACAGCAGGGUCAGAGUGGAACUCCAUGUUCUGGACGUAAAGCCCAUCACUCUCUUAAUGGAGUCUGUUGAUGCAAUGAAUCUGGCCUGUUUGACUGCUGGCUACUAUAGAUUACUGGUGGACUCUCGGCGCUCCAUCUUCAAUGUGGCCAAAAACACAAACAGUAUGGAAACAAGCCAUGCAGCGAGAAUAAAGCAGAACUACCAGGCCAUCGAGUGUACAUACAGUACACCCCAUAAAGGUUUUGAAGACAGAAAUAACCAAAGGUGCAGCCAAGAUUAUUCUGACCAGGAGUGUGAAUACCUCGACCACGGGAGAUGUGAAGGCCAACCAGUCUACAUAACUGAGAUCCACCAGCCUCAGCACUCAAUGCACAUGGCAGAGAGAGUGGAUUGCUGCAGAAUCCCUUACACCCAAACUUACCUCAGCGUCCCAAGGCCCAAACCCCAAGACUCCUCCAGGAGUGCAAAAGUCUCCUUUAUAUUUGGAGAUCCUCCCUUAGACAGUGUAAACCCCCAAAAUCUGGGCUACCAGAGACUGAUGGAUGAAAGUCCAGAGAUUUUAGACAAUCACAGCCCCAUGUACAGGCGCCUCGAGGAGGACUAUAAGAUGAUGGAUGCCAUUGAAGAUGGAUAUCAGUACUCCACCAAAAUCUUUGGUCCUACUGAGUGCAUUGAGGAGCCGCUGCUGCAUGACAUCUGCUAUGCAGAGACAACAGAUGAUGCAGAGGAUGAGGAUGACAUCAGCUGUGAGGAGGACACAGUGAUGAGUGACAUUGACAAGCCUUCAUUACUCUCACUCUCAGGGUCCAGCGAUGAUAUCAUUGACUUGACCUCCCUUCCUCCACCUCCAGAGGGUAAUGACGAGGAGGACAAUGAUGUGCUGCUGUACUCUCUUAACUUGGCCAUUGCUGCUCCUCCUCCUGGCUUCAGGGACAGCUCUGAUGAAGAGGAGCAGCUGGGGGCCGGGAUUCGGGCCCAGGGGGCCUGCAAUGAUAUCCCAGUGUCUCUCAUAGAUUCAGUGCCCACCCAAGGAGCAGAGGGUCAUGGGGAGCCUCUAGACGAUGCAGUGGUGUCCACUUUACAGGCACUCGAGGCCCUCGCUGCAUCUGAGGAACAGAGUCCUGCACAGUCAGAGAGUAGCGCAGGUGUAGGAAUAUCACGUGCAUUUAGUCCUGAGUCCUCAGAUUCUGGCAACGAGACAAACUCCUCUGAAAUGACAGAGAGCUCAGAGCUGGCCACUGCUCAAAGACACUCAGACAACCACCUGAGGAUGCAUGUAGCCAUGACAGAAGGAUACCAUGCCAUGAAUGAGGAAAAGACAGAGAACACUGUGCCUAACGAUGGUGGAGCGGGAGCCAUGCAGCACAACCCCCAAGAGCAUCAGGAAGAGGAGGCAAAAUCAUCUGCUGUCGCCUCCUCCCAGAUUUUUCACUCAGAUGGCGGUGAGAUGGAGCCAGAGACAAUGGAAAUAAAAUCAGUUAGUGAAUACUUCACUAAGAUGCACAUGGGCUCAGUGAUGAGCAGGCAGAGGGGAAAACAGAGAGAGGCAGAGAGCAAAAUCCAACGAGACACCUGCGAGUCCUCUGACAGAGCCCACGUGACCUCUAAAGAUUCAGCUAAAGAGGAGGCCCCUCAUCUUGUUGGAAAGUAUAAUGCCUUUACUGUGAGGGAUUCCUAUUACAUGAAUCAACUUGAUCUGGGGCGAACUCACUUUAAAGACAGGCAUCAAAAAUGGCAGCAGAGAGUGCCCGGAAACAAAAUGGCAGAGAAUCUCGCUCCAGAAUGUGUGAAUGAGUCACAGGCUUCCCACGCAGAGAGGCUGACAGUAAAGGGAGAGAAACAGGACUCAGAUGAAAGAAGCCAACCGCUAAAUGCCCAUCUUCGCUCCCUGUCCAAAGGAGAUGUCUCUUCACAGGAUAAUGAGCAGCAGCAAAUUAAGAUUCCAGCGUCAGAGCAAGACGUUGCACGGUUAUAUGAAUACCAUGCGAGCAAGCGCAUGUCAUCAGUACAAAGCGAAGGGGUUCAUUCUCUCCAAAGUUCACAAUGUUCCUCUAUAGACGCUGGUUGUAGCACAGGCAGCAGCAGCUGUGUCACUCCAAUGGAUUCUCCCCUUUGUGCAACAGACAAUAUGCAUGUACUGUCCGAGUCCUCUCUCAAGGGGCUGAGCUAUGUGACUACUGAGGAGAAAGCUUAUGGGUCCCCAGGCCAAGGGAAGGCCAGUCACCCCAUGGACCCCACCCUGCUGAGGAAAAUCCAUGCAGCUACCAGUGCUGAGCCUGGGUUCAGGAUUACACGGGAUAGCAGUCACAGAAUGCCCAAGAUAAAAGAAACCACAGCUUGCACACAGCUGAAGACGGUUGGGGAAGAGUCAUCUUUAGCUCUCUGUAAUGAGACCACCACCACAAUCAUGUCACCAUCAUCAUUACAAAGUAGCACAGAGCCCAGGACGCUAACACAGGCCAGCCCCGAGCCCAAACCACACGCCCUGGUUUUCCCUUCAAGUGGAUUUUCUUGUGACCCCAAGACAGGCAGCCUCAGGAAGCCAUGUCGGGUUCGGAUGCUCAGCAGGAGCUGGAGUACCAUAAUGCCAAGUUCCAGGAGCUUAGAAGCACUGUUAGAGAAGACCAAAGCCACACUUACAGGGAAGAGUGGUGGUGAGAAUUUACAGUCUCGAGAUCCCCAAAAAUUACAGAGGAUAUUCUCUGCCAAAACCAUGCCCAAGAGUUUAUCCCAGGGUUCAGUUGCCUCCAAUUCAUCACGUAGAGGGCUAUCUAUAGGAGCCUCCAUGCUGCCAGAGUCGACAGUGCCGAGGUUGGAUACAGGUGCGUGGAGGUGCCAUGGGCCGUUCAGUCACUGCUUCCUACGAAGAAAGAAAAACACUGAUGGUGAUGAUGAUGAAAGAAGGAAGCACUCACAGCUUCUAUUCUCUGUCAGCUUAAGUGGCAGGGAAAACACAGCCUUGAAAGCUGAACAGAGUAACAUGGUGACCGCUAGAAAGGACAUGAGCCUCGAGGCAAGGUUAGAUCGUGUAAAUUCAAUGAAGGGAAAAACCUAUAGCCUUCACACAGGGUUCGCAGUUGCACGAAAGGAUGCCUUAGAGAUGAUCAGUGUGGUGCGUUCCAGUGUUGGUCAUUCAUCCAAAGGUGAAAAGCCAAAGGUCAAUGAGGCAGACAUGGAGACAGUCUCUCAGCUGCUUUUCAUGCAGGCCAAAGUGCUGAGCGGCGCCUGCAGUCAGAUGGCCGAGGAAUACAGCAGCCCAGAGGAGUUGCUGCUCACUCUGACGCACAGCUUCCACACACUCUGCUGCCUAACGCAAGCCUGCAUGUCACUAGUGGAAGGCCUGAGCACUGAGAGCGAGCGACGCGAGGUGGUGGCCAAGGUGGAUGAGGUCGUCAUGAACUACGUGUGUCUGCUGAAAGCUGCAGAGGCGGCCUCAGGAAGCUCCCCCAGUGAUCAAAGUGUGAAUGCAUUGACACAUCACUCUGCCACCAUGUCUGCUAUUAUAACCACACUAACUCACUCACUGAAAACACUGCUCAACAAAUGA